AUGCUGAUCAUCUCGUCCCGCAGUGCGCUGCUGUCCGUCUACUACCCACAGAUCUUCCUCAUCCUCACCAGCGGUAGCUACCUGGCGCUGUCCUCUGUGGUGGCUCUAGGUGCCAACAUCAUCUGCAACAAGAUACCCGGAUUGGCCCCCCGCCAGAGAGCCCUCUGUCAGAGUCGCCCGGACGCCAUCAUCGUUAUCGGCGAAGGCGCCCAGCUGGGCAUCAAUGAGUGUCAGUACCAGUUUCGUUACGGCCGCUGGAACUGCUCGGCCCUGGGAGAGAGGACCGUCUUCGGACAAGAGCUGAGAGUAGGCAGCAGGGAGGCAGCAUUCACAUACGCCAUCACCGCAGCCGGAGUUGCCCACGCGGUAACUACGGCUUGUAGCCAAGGCAACCUGAGCCAGUGCGGCUGCGAUCGCGAGAAGCAGGGCUACCACGACCGAGAGGAGGGCUGGAAGUGGGGGGGCUGCUCUGCCGAUGUGAAGUACGGGGUGGAGUUCUCGCGGCGCUUUGUAGACGCUCGUGAGAUCAAGAAAAACGCCCGGCGGCUGAUGAACCUGCACAACAACGAGGCAGGGCGAAAGAUGCUAGAGGAGAGGAUGAAGCUGGAGUGUAAGUGUCACGGCGUGUCCGGUUCCUGCACCACCAAGACCUGCUGGAUCACCCUGCCCAUGUUCAGAGAGCUGGGUCACCUGCUGAAGGAGCGCUACAGCGGGGCCGUUCAGGUGGAGCCGGUCCGGGCCUCGCGACUCCGACAACCCUCCUUCCUGCGACUCAAAGAGGCUCGGGGCUACCAGAAGCCCACGGACACGGACCUGGUGUACCUGGAGCGUUCGCCCAACUACUGCGAGGAGGACAAGGUCACGGGAAGCACGGGAACGCGGGGACGACUGUGCAACGGCACCUCCACCCACACGGACGGUUGUAACAUGAUGUGCUGCGGCCGGGGGCACGACACGCACAGCUACACCCGCAUCUGGCAGUGCAACUGCAAGUUCCACUGGUGCUGCUUCGUCAAGUGCAACACAUGCAGCGAGAAAUCAGAAGUGUUCACCUGCAAGUAGGGGAGGAGGAAGAGGGGGAAGAGGCUGGGGGAAACGGACAGUGGUGGAAAGUAAGAAGGUGGAAUUUGAAGUGAAGGACUUGGAAGUAUUUAUUCAACAAUUUGCACAUUUUUACAUCCUUUUCUGAGAUUCUUUAAAGAAAGAACCAACAGACAUGGAGUUUUGGAAAAAGAGACAUGGUCGAUUUAAAAAAACGUUCCUUUUUCUGCGCGCUGGUACAAAACUGUGACAUGAUGCAAACGUGUUGCAGGCUAAAGGAUUUGAUGGUCUCCCUUUUGCCUCUAGACGACAUCUUGCAAAGAUGUAGCAUACAGUUCUCAAACGCGAGAGGAAACACAACAAAAACUAUUGUUGGAUCUUGAAAAUACAGUGGAAUACUUUUAACUGUACGCUCACACUGUAUUCUGUUUGAACACUGAAAAUAAAACAAAUUAUUUAUGUAAAAAUAUCUUUGAAAACUAGCCUUAAAGGAUGAAUAGCAGAAAAAAUGGCUUUUAACUUUUUUUCCUCUUUUAUGAUCGUAAAUUGCUACUGAUAAGGAGUCGCAGUUAUCCAUUAUCAGUUGUCAGUGGCGUACUCCGCUAUAGAUUAGUCGUUUUUCUUUUGCACUCACGGUUAUUUCUUUCCCUUUUCCAUCAGUUAUGAGUCGUGCUGUUGAGCGCUGCGCGGACAUCUCUCUCACGGACAAAUUCCCCUCCGAACCCAGACCUCUUUUGUUACGCCAGGAGACAAAGAGGUAGAAAAUACCCCCAAACUAUUUUAAGCAUCCAACUUUGAACAGUUUGAAUGGCUCUUUCCAUUCUGACCGUGCUCAUUGUUGGAGGGCCCUUGACUUCUGAGGAAAUCGUGUAAGCCUCAUUGGAACUCCAUAGAGGUGCAAUCAUGUUCAGAUACAUCCAACGUUCCCAUGAUCGGCAGAGACGUGGAAUUCCACAUGAUGCUUACACAGGGCCUCGCAGCGCGGUUUAGGCCUGCCUGGGUGGAUGGCAUGUGCCCUAACCACACAGAAGGGGGUAUGAGAGGAUCAAAGGCCUUUAAAGCUAUUUUUGGACAGCACCCUUAAUGUAUUCAGAAAUGUUUAUUUAGGCUUUAUAUAACUUACAAAACAAUUUGAAGAGUAUAUUUUUAUAUGAGGAACAUGGCACUUUAUGUCAUUUAUAGAUGGAAAAGACAGUCACUAUUUACAAAUGUUUUCUAAUGUCGAUGGUAUAAAUUAUUUGGAAUUUAUGUUUUUGAUCAAAGUUCCUGAAGUGUAAAUACUCCACGUGUUUUAUCAAAGUAGCCCAGGUUGUCCUUCUCCAUUACGAUCCUUCACAAUUCAGCAUAGCUCAUUAGUAUUUGAUUAAAUUGCGAGUAGAUAAUACAUUGGAUGUGUCAGCUUUAGAUCGGAGAGAUUUCUGUGUUUCCAGUUGUCUUCAUGGUCCUUUCAGUAACUAGGAAGACCUCGUUGCUUCCUAAUAACUUCAAAU